AUUUCCUACUCCUAUUAGUGUGUUCCCAAAACCAUGGCCUAGUCAAAAUUUUUGUAGUUUUAUUCACAUAAAAAAACAAAUGUAAAAUAAAAACCCUAGAGGUAAUGUGAAUACAAUUAUGUGAAUACCUAAUUAUUUUACUUACAUAAACAUUCAGACCAGCACCACAUGAACACACCACUUCUUCUAUAAAAGUAAACUGGCAUUUAUAUAGUUUUGGUUUUGGAACAGAAGUUAGAGUAAAUGGCUAAGAGGGUAUCAGAUUUCAAAAAGAGUAAAGCAACUAAAGACAAAGAAAAUUAUGGAACAACAACUGGUUCAGAUUUUACUAGUCAAGACAUUUUCUACACAACAGAGAGUAAUGAAACUAGACCAGACUAUGAAUAUAAAACGAAAAGAAGGAAUUAUUUUGAUGAUUAUUAUACAAGUGAUACUUAUGAUACUAAGUUUUUUGACAAAUAUGAUUUCAAUCAUGGACGUGGUGAGGACUCUUACACUUAUGACGAUUAUACAACAUCUGCUAUUUCUUAUGAUGAAACAAGAGGUAAACCUGGACAUUUCAAAGCACCACCAAGCAAGAGUGAAGAGUCUGUAAACAGAUAUGGACCCAGACGACAUGGACGUGGCUAUCGCUCACGUGAUAGAAGAGAAUACGAUUAUUUUAGUCCAGAAGAAUAUAGUAAGAAACGAAGAUCAAAGCUAACAUCAACACCUGACAAAUAUAUCCAGUAUCCGUUGGAGUAUGAGGAUAUUGAGUAUACGGAUAAAGGUAGGAGAUCUCACUCACCAAGGAGGAGCAUAGAUUAUGAAAGCUAUUAUUAUACUGUGCCAGAAAAGGAAUAUGACUAUAAAAAAUACUUUGAAUUAACCAAAUCAAGAGACAAAAGUCCAGGUAAACAUAAAAGAGCAGAAAAACCUGGGGGCCUCUUUGAAAAAAAGAAUAAAAGACAGCCAAGUCCCCAAAAAAGAGGAAAAGAUUAUCAAAUAUAUGCAUAUCAAGAAGCAAACCAACAUAAAGCCGUUUUUAAAGGAAAUAAUGAUAUCACGGAAGGCACAUCACAACUAUCCGAAAUUGAGGUUAAAACUCAUGAGUAUCCUAUUUUGGCAUUUAAAGACACAAAUUCUGGAAGCAUUGGAUCAGAUACAGUCUAUUUGCCUGUUUUAGUUAUGGAUAAAUCAAUUGAUGAUAACUCUGUAUCAGCUAGUAAGAAUGUCCAACCAGAAGUGUUAACUCCAGCCCAGUUGGGAAAUAUACAGAUUUUUGCUGCUAACCUACAAGACCAAAAAAAUAUUUUUACAAAAUACGGAGACAGUUCAGAGAAAAACAAGGUAUCUCUCAAUAAAAAACCACCUGAAAUACCAUCUGGAUUGCAAUAUGCAGGUUCAAUACUUGGCUCAGUGUUUGAUCAUGCCGAAUUUGAUACCGAAAGUACAAAACCAAAUUUUCUGACUAAUACAAGGGGAAAUAGAAAAGUCACUGAAUUAUCUUACCAGGUGAUUGUUGAUGUUGAUAAAAAUACUGAUAACAGAAAAUCAACACCAAAUUUGAACCCAUUUGAACAUAAAGAAAUUGAGGAUCCCCUCCAUGAUGACUAUCCAGUUACCAAAGAUUAUAUUAAAGUAAAUGAUAACACUUCAGAAAAACUCCGAAGCAGCAUGACAGGGCCAAAUAAACAUUUAGAAAAAAGAAAGUCAAGUUCAGUGAAGCAUCCAAUUAAAUCUUCAAUUUUUAAUAAAAUGUCAACAAAAAAAGGAUUUAGGGAAAUGCGGAACAGUACCACAACAUCAAUUAAAAAGCCUUCCAUAGUUGAAUCCCCAGUUAGAAAUGAACGUGCAUCACCAAUAAGACAAUCUACUGAACACAGGCAGAGUACAAUGUUAGAUAAACAUGCACCAUCAGUAAGACAAUCUACUGAACACAGGCAGAGUACUAUGUUAGAUAAACAUGCACCAUCAGUAAGACAAUCUACUGAACACAGGCAGAGUACUAUGUUAGAUAAACAUGCACCAUCAGUAAGACAAUCUACUGAACACAGGCAGAGUACUAUGUUAGAUAAACAUGCACCAUCAGUAAGACAAUCUACUGAACACAGGCAGAGUACUAUGUUAGGUAGGAAACGAGGUUCAGUGGCAGUAGCAAGUCAUCUUGAACCGGACAGGAGAUCAAUUGAAGUGAAAGAAGCAUCUGCAAUAACACGGCUUAGUACUAUAAAUGAAAAUAAACAAGAAGAUCAAUUUCAUAACAUUUUACAAGCACCAGCAUUCCUUAAAACAAAUAGUGAAGAUAGAAAAAGUAGAGUUGACUCCAAAAUUAGAAAUAAACAAUCACAAGAAAUAACUAUUCCUAUAGUAGUUUCACAAGCUUCUACAACUAGUAUAAAAAAUGGUGAACGACAAAGGCGAUCUUCAGCCACAACACCAAAAACUACCAGCAAUUCUCACAAAAAUAGUAUGAUCCCUAUUGAUCCUUUACAACAUUUCAGAAGCUUGGACCAUGCUCUACAAAAACAAACAACAAAUUCACAAGAUUUAACAGUACAACAAACAUUGGCUCACCAAGACAGCAGGUUAUUAAACAAAUCUCCUAAGAUUUCAUCAAGAAAAAUGUCUGUAAUUAAACAGAGUGAAAUUGCGAGAAAAGUUAGCCCAACAAUGUCUAGAACUGAUACUGUAAAAAGAGACACAGAAACUUUAAAGAAAAGAAUCAGUAUUACUCCAAACAUGUUAGAAACACAAAAACUUGCAUCAUUAAAAAGUAAAGAAGUUGUAGCAAAGAUCAAAAGUAAAGAAUCUAUAGGUAGUUCUGCAGCUCCUAUCUUAACAAAGCGAAGUAAAAGAGAUAGUCAAGGUAAUCUGAGAUCUUCCAGAGUGUUAGAGGAUAUUGGAAUAAUAAGUGAAGAAGAUCAAGAUCAGAAAAAAGAAUUAAUUAGAGAGCCUACUUAUAUUGCAGGGGAAAAGAUUACUGCUGUUCAGGAUUUAUCCGAAAAUGAACCGUGGCCACCACCACCCAGAUCAAAUUCCUCACUGAGGGGUAUUGCUUCUGCUUUGGUAAAUUUUUCAAGAUCUAAAUCAUCUCAGAAACCUGACAUUAAUAUGAAGACUGCUAGUCGACAGAGUACAUUGGCAUCGAGAGGUAAAUCGAGAUCCAUCAAAGAGGAUGAGAAAUCCAUGAAUCGUCCUUCCUUUUUACAAAGCACAGAACCCACUUUAACUCAAUACAACAAAGAUAAUCAGUUGAAGAAAUCUGAAACCCUUAAAUCUUCUAAAAGUAAAACAGGAGCGGAACGUAAAAAAGUGAUUAGACAAACCAGUAAAUCACCAAAAGUUGAGAAAAAGAAAUCUAGCAAUAUUUUUAGAGUGUUUUCAAGCCGAAGUGUGUCACGAGGUAAAGCAAAAAAUAAACCUCGUGAGUCAGAGAAGCCUAGUAGAAGUACAAGUCGACUUUUUGGAUUUCCCCGACUAAGACGAUCAAAAGCCAAAACUAGAGACCGGUCACUAGCAAACUCUAGGGAUCAGAAACUAGCAAGCGCUGGAGAUGGGACACAAGAAAUUGAACGAGAUGAUUCAAUAGCAACUACUAAGGAACCAAUGACCUCACCAGAAGUAAGUGAUGUGGAGAAAGAGGAUCUUUGUGAGUGUUAUGUUCAAUACAUGCACCAAGCAAAAAAAUAUGCUCAUUUUUUCCUAGGUACCACACUACAUGAGCAGAUCAUGAAUAUUCUCAAAGUGUUGCGUUCUGCCUGAUGUUCUUUAUGGAAAGUGACCAGUGUUACAAGUACUACGUAAACCUAUUCAACAAAACUUAUAUUUUACAAACUCUAUCUGAAGUAAUAUUAAUAGGUUUUAUUGCAACUAAACUAAAACUAAAUAAUUAUAAUUCUACCAUCUUUAUUUAUUCUUGUGUUUGAUAUUUACAACUCACAUUUCAAUGUUUAACAUAUUAAACUAAUUUAAAAUAUCAAA